AACCCGGGUGGCUUCACGCUUGACAGGCACCCAUCCCACGCCACGGGCUCCUCCUCCCCUCCGCUUCGCCUCUAGGUCCCUCUCCUACAGAACCCUCCCAAUCCAAAGCGAUUCCUCCGGGCCGCCGCGGCGGCGUCUCUCCGGGCGCCCCUAGCACAGCUCGCGUUCCGGUGGAACAGAGAAGAGAGGCGAGAGGAUGGAGAUCCAGUCGUCAGGCCGCUCCAUCGAGGGGCUGAUGGAUAAGGUGCUGUCCGUGAACAUCCUCUCCUCGGACUACUUCAAGGAGCUCUUCAAGUACAAGACCUACCACGAGGUCAUCGAUGAGAUCUACAACCAGGUGGACCACGUCGAGCCCUGGAUGACCGGCAACUGCCGCGGGCCCUCCUCCGCCUUCUGCCUCCUCUACAAGUUAUUAUUCACCAUGAAGCUCACCGUCAAACAGAUGCACGGCCUGCUCAAGCACCAGGACUCCCCCUACAUCAGAGCUGAUGCCAAGUGGUAG